GUAUAGAAUAUAUAAAAGAACAAUCUCUUUUCAGCAAAUUUUACUAUAUACAAGCUAUCCUGCAAAAUGGUGAGAUGCUCUUCUAUGUCAGCUUCUUGCAUGCGUGUAAGUAGGCUCAGCAACAGGGUACUGAGCACAUUGCCAACGAUUUAACCAUAUUUUUAUACAAUGGUACUCUCGAGAAAUAAACCCUAUUCGGUGCUUCGAGCGAAGAUGCACUUGUCACCGUACAAAGGAGAUAACCUUGAAUCAUGACAGACGCCUCUCGGCUUACGUCGUCCAGUAUUCACCAAGCCACCUAGUCCGGCGUACUCCAUUACCAGCAACCUCCCGCCAGCCCUAUCCUUUGAAUCCUCCUAAAUCAUAGCCAAGGACAUGGAUGCGCUGUCGAGCUGGACCGGCCCCCCCGGGUCAAAAUGUCGGCCGCAGCGGCGUUGCACCAACACGCAUUGCCUGACUGGGAAGUAAUUCUGGGUGACGCAGCAAGCUAUUCGACGUUGCUCCGCAGCGGACCUACAACAAGCGUUAGAUCGAGUGGAUGCCCGGCACUGGGUAGAUGCUGGUCUGUUUUGCCCGCAUUUUCCUGCUUGUCGUUUUACUGUACUGCCUACUUGACUAGUUUUCAUGCACUGAGGUUCGUAUAUGCCGGCACAGCUCCAUCACGCGGUGGCAGUCCGCGACCUCGGUUGUGUUGGUAGGUAGGGAGAUGUUAUCUAGAAGGACU